AUGCCUGGGUCUACUGGGAAGGCAUCAUCCCAAGCCUCCACCAUCACCGAGCAGGAGCAGCACAGGAAGAAGUUGGAGAAACUGACCAUACAGAUGCACAGCAUGACUUGUGAGAGAGACGAGCUGUGUGGGAUCCUGGCCCGUUACACUGACAAGGAUUUGAACAACAGGCUGAAUUUUGAACUGGCAAUACUGAAUAUGGAACAUCAGAAAGUGAUGCUGGCCCUGCAGAAAUUACCGAAGGAGUUAAGAGAGGCCUGGGACAAGUAUAAGGAGCUGGCGCAGGAGACCGAAUCCUGCUGUCGGCUCCUGAUUGAGUGGACCAAGCUGAAGCAUGCUGUAAAAUCUUUGAGGAGAGAGAACAGAAAACUUCAGAGGGAGCAGGUUCUGCUGCAAAAGUCCUGGGAGGAGACAAAGAGGCUCUGUGAGGAGGCCCAUGAGAAGAUCUGCGGCCCCUGGGCAAAGCAGCAGCAGGACCAGGACGGAUUGGAGAAAAGACCACAGGACCCAACGAAGCAAAAAGAACUGGUCACCCAGCAAAAGGACUUGGCAGAAAAGAUGCAGCAUCAACUUGGUGUCUCUGAGAUGAGCUCUGAAAUACGUCAGUAUGGGCCAGAAGAGGCCUCAGCCCAGGACGAGAGCUCCCUGCAGCUGCUGCUGCAGGAACACUGA